AUGUCCUACCAGCCAGGAUACCGAAGCGUCGCAUACUUUGUCAAUUGGGCAAUCUACGGCAGGAACCAUCAGCCACAGGAUAUCCCGGCCGAGAAGCUCACGCAUGUGCUAUACGCCUUCGCCAAUGUUCGACCCGAGACAGGAGAAGUCUACCUCACCGAUGGCUGGUCUGACACCGACAAGCACUACCCUUCAGACUCCUGGAACGAUACCGGAAACAACGUGUACGGCUGCAUUAAGCAGCUCUAUCUCCUCAAGAAGCGCAACCGGAAUCUCAAGAUAUUGCUGAGCAUUGGUGGCUGGACCUACAGUAGCAACUUCGCUCAACCAGCAUCAACAGAACAAGGACGCCGCACCUUCGCCACCAGUGCUGUGUCUUUGCUCAAGGACCUCGGUCUAGACGGGUUGGACAUUGACUGGGAGUACCCCAAGUCUGAUGCAGAAGCCAAUGACUUCGUGAAGCUCCUCCAUGCUACUCGACAUGAACUUGAGCAAUACUCGAACAGUCUUCAGCACAAGCCGCACUUCCUGCUUACCAUUGCGUCGCCGGCUGGACCAUCCAAUUGCAGAUGGCUGAAGCUCAGAGAGAUGGACCGCUAUCUCGAUUUCUGGAACAUGAUGGCUUACGACUUCGCCGGCUCCUGGGAUUCGAACGCUGGCCAUCAGGCAAACAUCUACCCGUCGAAAUCAAAUCCGAACAGCACACCGUUCAGUAUAGACUUCGCGGUGCGAUACUACAUGGACAAUGGCGUCCAUCCAAGCAAGAUCGUUCUCGGUAUGCCCUUGUACGGUCGUGCUUUUCAGAACACUCACGGACCUGGACAUGGCUUCAACGGGGUUGGUGAAGGGAGCUGGGAGAACGGCUGUUGGGAUCAGAAAGCACUCCCACGACCAGGGGCUCAAGUCCACCACGACGACCAAGCCGUGGCAUCGUGGUGCUUCGACCCAUCAAGCCGAACCAUGGUAUCGUACGACAGUCCCCAAGUCGCCACGCAGAAGGUUCAAUACAUCAAACACGUUGGGCUAGGAGGUGCGAUGUGGUGGGAAAGCAGCGGCGACUAUCCUUCGCAACAACCCGAGAGCCUGAUCAACAUCACCGUGCAAGGACUUGGUGGCUUUGAGGGCAAGCACAUGGAGAAGGCAGAGAAUUGUUUGGAGUAUCCACAGAGCAAGUACGACAACUUGCGGAGCGGCAUGCCUGGGGAGUGA